AUGGCGGCGUUGGCAGGAUCCCCAACGCCAUGGGCCUAUAUGUUCAUCCGUUUGCUCUUCAAGUUUGUGCUCAAGAUAUUUUACGGGACCAUCGUUGUGGAGAACGUGGAUAAUAUCCCACCGAGAGGCGUGCCUUGCAUAGUAUGUGCUAACCAUAGCAACUCUCUGACUGAUGCGCUGCUUCUGGUCACUUCUAUUCCAUCAAGGAAACGAAACCUCCUCAGGCUCACGGCGAAAUCGACUCAGUUCGGGAGAAAGACCUUCACCAGCUGGCUUAUUGAGUCUGCGGGCACCGUCCCAAUCAAGAGACGCAAGGACUUUGGAGACCAACAAGUGGACAAUUCCAAUGCUAUGCAGUUUCUCGUGGAGGCUGUGGAACUGGGAGAUGCAGUAUGCUUGUUCCCUGAGGGUAUGAGCCGGUACCAUCCAACAAUUGCACCGCUCAAGACUGGUGUCGCGAGGAUGGUCUCAGACGUCCUCUCGCGGAACCGACACAAUCCCGACUUUGAGAUAGAUGUUCUGACCUGUUCAAUCACCUACAUGCAUCGAGAACACUUUCGCUCGGAUGUGCUCGUGACGUUCCAUCCACCAAUGAAAUUUACGCCAAAGAACAACCCUGAAUUGCUCACGCCAAUCGACUACAACGAAAUUCGUUCUCUAACUGCGAAGAUGCAUCAGCAAAUCAGCUCGGGAACGCUCGAUGCACCAUCUUGGAGGCUGAUCCGGAAUGCCAAACUUGCUGCUAGGAUGUACGCACCGCUCGGUACGUCCAUGUCGCUAGGCGACUACAUCCGCGUCGUCAGGACGUUCCUGGAGGCUUUCAAGUUGGCGGAGGCGCCACGCGCAGACACCUCCAGUGACGGCGAGGCUCCGCCGCCUGAGCAGGUCGCGCGAGAGGACAUGAAGAUCGUCCAGCUCGGCCGUGACCUCAAGGAAUAUCAAGAUCAGCUUGCACGCUGGGGAAUCAAGGACGACCGCAUACGCCGGCCACUCUCCCGGCCCGUCAUCCUCUACCGCGUCCUCCUCCGCGCCGCUUGGGCGCUCGUCCUCCUCGCGCUCUCCCUCCCCGGCCUGCUGCUCUGGCUCCCUGUCUUCGCCACGACCGUCAUCGCCGUGCACCAGUUCAAGCGCACCGGCCCCGUCUGGGACACGUACGACGAGAUCGCGCAGUACAAGCUCACAUACGGCUUCCUCUCCGGGCUCUGCAUCUGGCUCUUCACCACGCUCGUCACGCUCCCCUUCGCCCCGCUCACCGCCGUGCUCGUCCCCGCGGUGAUGUGGCUCAGCCUGCGCUGGAUGGAGGACGCCAUCGCGGCGUUCCGGGCGCUCGCUUCGCUUACGCGGCUGCUCCUGAUCGGGAAGCCUGCGCUCGCUCAGAUGCGCUCGAGGCGCGAGGAUCUGCAUCGGCGCGUAAUGGAGCUUGCGGUGAGCACACUUGGGCUGCCGGGCGAGCCAGAGAGGUACUUUGCGGAAAGCGGAGGAAGGGAGAAGGGCCGGGUGCAGGGGAGAUGGGCGAGCAAGGCGAAGUACUUUUCUGUGAGGCGGAGGAGAAAACGGGACUGGAAUGAGACGCUUAGGCUUUAUGACCAGGUAGACUAUCCGGGGGACUGA